AUGUUAUCCCCGGGACUGGCAGUGUACAUCCUGUUGCUGGGACACACCGUCCUUUCCGACACCACUGUCACCAUCUACAACCAAUGGCUUUCCCAGGGCGGACGAGUUCAUUACGAAUCUGACAGAUGGAACAAGCAUAAUGGGCUGGACCGACUCAAUCUGAUCUCCCAUUGUAAGUCUCUUGGAACUCCAUCUGGACGUUGGCUGAACCGAGAUCUGAAUGACCAUUUCUUUGAAAAUUGGUCCGAGAAUCCAAGUCACCAUGGCUACCCAAAUCCGAACUACGCCCAGGACCAUGCAUUGCAAUCAAAGAUAUGGAAAACAUACAUGGGACAACGGAAUGGGUACGGCAGCGAUAUUGAUAACUUGGUCUGGGAAAUUAGUGGUACGCACUGGCCGAAAUGGUUGGACACGUCUCAACACCAAGGGCAGUUCCCCAACAACCUUGACGCUGCAGCAGAGUUUGUGUCGCUUAUGGUUCAGAGUGCCAAGGACUAUACAGGUGGCCACAUCCCCAAUAUAUUUGAAGUCAUCAACGAACCCAACGCUCACUGGCAGUUCCUGUCUGACCAGACUGUUGUUGACUUCCAUCGAAUUGUCGCCCAAAAGCUGAAGUCACGCUUUGGAAUGAAGGUUGGUGGGCCCACAUAUUCUGGAUACAGCCUGGAAAUGGGCGAUAUGGACAAUUUCCGCUUGUGGAAGAAAGCAGCCGGAUUUCUAGACAUGUCUUUGGAUCAUUUGGACUUCUUUUCCUUCCAUGCCUACAAUGAUCUGCGUGUUUCGGGUGGCAGUCACCGCUUCACCGGGUUCAACGAAGCCCGACUAGUUGCUGCUAUUGAUAUGAUAGAAAAUUAUUCACAUAUCAAGAAGGGUAAAAACGUUCCUAUCAUCAUCAGUGAGUUUGGAAGGGAUCGAGUUAUGGGAAUGGAUCAGUGGUCCCCUAGUGGUUUGAUAGACUUUGCAACUAUAUACCAACCCAACGGUCAUAUGUUCACCUACCUUAACCUCAGAGAGUUUAUAGACAGGGCCAUUGUAUAUGUUGUCCAAUGAACAAUACCCCGGACACACCAGCCUCAACUGGUCCUUGUUUACAGGGAAUGGUCAAGAGACUCAAAUGACCAAAUUCUUCAAGUUCUGGAAAUAUUUGUAUAAUAAUCAGAAGUUCCUUAGGGUAACCAGCGAAUACUCCGGAUGGGAGAGGUUAGUUGCCUCUCUGGCUCUAGCGGACCCAAACAACAAAGAGAUGUCGAUUCUUCUCCACAACUACGGCACCUCAACACAGAAUGUCAAGCUGGACUUUAAGAACGGGUGGAUUAAUCCUACCUCUGGCGAAUCGACGUGUAUUCAGUACGAGAACGGUAACCCUGCAAUGCACUCUAACGUACACUUUUCCACCAGCGGCAAGGUUAGUCUCCCUGGGGAGUCUACCUGCUUAUACAAGUUUAAAACAAGCUACAACUUUGGAAGCAUGCGUACCAACAAUGAAAACACCUACUACGGUAAGGAGAUGAUAAUCCCCAUCAGCAACGGCCAUGCUGAGACUACCAUCAGUGUGCCAAGCUCUGGCUACAAUUCCGCGUUGUUGAGAGUUGGAGUGAGUCGGACCAAGAACACCAAUGGCAAACCCCUCAGCAUCAUGUUCAACGGGUACAAGCUGCCAUCCACAUUCAUGCUGUAUGACGCUGAUGAAGACGAAGCUAAGACACAAUGGCAGAUGUGGGAAUUCUGGGUACCGGAAGGUCAUGUCCGGUCAUCAAACACCGUUGCCAUGACAUUUGCAGGUAAUGGAGGGCACGUGACGUCUGUGGCGUUGGUUGCAGGCAAACUUAA